UGAACACGAACCAACCUGUCCCUUUUACGCUCCCAGAACCACCCAAAGAGAAAAAAAAAAAAUGCCCCGCGUAGAACAACAACACCCUUUGAAACGUUGCGUAUUGCAGGAACAAGAACAGCGUAGUCAAGUCAACAAUCACUUAAAAGACUCGUUCUUCUUCUCCUUAACUCUUCUUAUUGUGAUCCAUGACCAAAGAGUGAGGCAAGACAAACAACCACACAGUUGAAUCAUCACUCUACACCUGGUGAGGAAUGAUGGGCAUGAUCAACGUGAGCAUUGCGGUCUUGGAUCCCCAGAUGGCCGCAGAGAAAGCAGUGAAGGUGAUUGGUCAAGGGUACGAUCUUUGCAGAGAUAUAAGAUUCUCCGUUUGUAAAUCUAGAUUGAUCGAGAUUGAUUCAUCACACACUAGAGACCUUGUUUUUCCCGGUGGGGUUGUUGUGGACGAUGUUCCCAACUCCAUCAAGUGUGACAAGGGUGAACGCACCAGGUUUCACUCUGAUGUGCUCCCAUUCAAUCAGAUGUCUGAGCAUUUCAACAAACAGUUAUCCUUGUCCGGUAAGAUUCCAAGUGGCCAAUUCAAUGCUAUGUUCAACAUGAAAAAAUGCUGGGCUACAGACGCAGCUUCUACUGAAAACCUUGCCUACGAUGGAUGGUUCAUAACAUUAUAUAAUGUCGAAUUAGAUAGAACCAACAUAACCCUUUCUGAAAAUGUGAAAAAAGAAGUGCCUUGUUCAUGGAACCCCGCAGCACUUGCCGAGUUCAUCGAAAAAUAUGGUACCCAUGUAAUAGUUGGGGUGCAGAUGGGAGGCAAGGAUGUGGUACAUAUCAAACAGACAAAAAACUCAGAUUUAACGUCGACUGAAGUGCAGAAGUUGCUAAAGCAAUUAGCUGACGAGAGGUUUUCUGAGGUUUCAAAUCAAAGUUCUAAUGUCAAUCCUGUUGACAAAUCAAGAAAAUCAAAGGGUAAUCAAGGGCACAAGAACAAACCUAACCCUACUGCUGGCAGGCCAGUCGUGAGAAGUCACUCCAAGAAUGAUGAUGUUGUGAGCAUUUCUGUUCGAAGAGGGGGUAUUGAUAAUGGUCAAUCUUACAACAAGUGGCUUUCAACCAUAUCAAAGUGUCCUAAUGUCAUAUCAAUGUCUUUGGUGCCUAUCACUUCCCUUCUCAAUUCUGUUCCAGGCAAUGGAUUUUUAAGUCACGCUGUGAAUUUGUAUCUUAGAUAUAAACCUGAAAUAGAAGAGCUUCAUCAAUUUCUAGAAUUUCAGUUGCCUCGGCAAUGGGCACCAAUGUAUGGUGAUCUACCUCUUGGAUUCGGCCAUAAGUAUAAGAAGAGCAUGUCUCCAUCACUUCAGUUCACUCUCAUGGGACCAAAGCUUUACGUUAACAUCAUGAAGGUUGAUUCUGGAAACCGGCCUGUGACAGGUAUCCGUUUAUACUUGGAAGGCAAGAAAAAUGACCAUCUGGCAAUCCAUCUGCAGCAUCUUUCAGAGGUUCCAGGAGCCCUUGAAAUUUCAGAUGAUCAUGGUUAUGAUCCCGUUGAUGAAGCAGAUGACCGAGGGUACUAUGAGCCUGUGAAAUGGAGCAUGUUUUCCCAUGUCCACACAGCACCUGUGAAGUACAGUAGCUCCCGGAUGGACGAGUCCACAGCCAUUGUGACAAAAGCGUGGUUUGAAGUUAAGGUUAUGGGAAUGAAGAAAGUUCUUUUCUUGAGACUUGGAUUCUCCACAGUAGCAUCUGCGACAAUUCGCAGAUCAGAAUGGGAUGGACCUUCAACAUCGUCUAGAAAGUCAGGAUUCUUCUCAGCAUUGAUGAGUACUAGGCUUAGCAAGGAAUUGCAGUCAGCAGAGAAGCCUACUAAAGUUGAAAUAAACUCAGCAAUAUAUCAUGCUGGACCACCUGUGCCAGCAAGAGCUCCAAAAAUGCUGAGUUUAGUGGACACAAAGGAAAUGGUUAGGGGCCCUGAGGAUCAACCAGGGUACUGGGUGGUCACUGGGGCAAAGUUGUGUGUAGAGGGUGGUAGAAUCUCAAUCAAGGCAAAGUAUUCGUUGUUGACUAUAUUGUCGGAAGAAUCUCUUCUCUAGCACAAGUUAUUGUUUUCUUGUAAAUAUCUUAUACCAUUUAUUUGAAGAAAAAAAUAGAUAUAUAUGGGGGGAGUGUCAUCUCGUGCUAAGUGGCCUGAGUAUGGCAAUGUUAGUUGAUUGUUUGUUGGUGGAUUAUGGUUUUCUGACUUUGUUUUGGUGCAAAAUGCCUUCAAUAAUAAAUAAUAGUAUUUGGAAUGGGGAAUCA